GAGAGAGAAAGAGAAAAGAUAGAAAAUAAUAAUAAAGAUGAAUAAAGAUGCGAAAGCUUUAGAAAGUGAAUUGUUUAUUUUCAAUGGUUUUUUUUUCUUUUACUAAUUUUAAUUGUAAUUAAAUUUUUUUAUUCUUAUUUUUGUCAGUCUAACCAAAGUGAUUGGUGUAAAUCUAAAGUAAAUAAUAUUUAUUGUUUGUCUUUGUGUUUUCUUUUUAGUUUCUUGUGUUUCUUUUUUUUUGACCCUUCUCGCUUUUAUAUAUAUACAAUAAAUACACUAUGGGAGCCCGUCAAAGUAGCCCUGUUGGUGGUGUCGGUGGUGGUGGUGUUACCGGAGGUGGUGGUGGUUUAACAGCAACAACACCAACCACAUCAACAUCAUCUACGUCUAGAAAUUCAGAUUCUGGUUUAAUUGAUUCUGGUACCAAUACUACCGGCUUUGCUGGUUUACUGUCAACCUCAUUGUGUCAAAAUAGUUCAACGUCCACAAGAACAAGGCCAAUUGCUUCAAAUUAUGAUGGAAUCAAGUGCCCGAUAUGUUCUAAAUCAAUGUUACCUGAUGAUGUUGAAUUUCACCUAGUAAUGUGUCUUACCAAACCAAGAAUAAGUUACAAUGAGGAUAUACUUACAGAAGAUAAAGGAGAAUGUGUUAUUUGUUUAGAUGAUCUGAGUCAAGGAGAUAUAAUUGCAAGACUUCCUUGUCUAUGUAUUUAUCAUAAGUGUUGUAUUGAUGCCUGGUUUCAAGUUAAUCGUUCUUGUCCUGAACAUCCAUCUGACUGAAUUUUCGCAUUUUUAUUCUAUGGAUUUAAUUAGAAGGAAAGAGAAAGAGAAAGAGAAAGAGAGAGAAAACAAAACAUAAACCUCAUCUAUUAUUUGUCAAUUCUAAAUUGAAUUUGGAUCCAAAAUCUAUUUGUGGCCUCUCGAGUUAUCAUAAAGCAAAUAUAAACAUCUAAUGGCUUACAAAGGCUUCCAUGUUAAUCUAAUAUGUAUACACUUGGUCAUCAUCGUCAUUAUCAUCAUCAUAUGAGUUUAAAACUAAGAGAGUUUACUGAUAAAUACUCUUUUGGUUUACAAUUUAAUUGCGAAGGAAAAAUUGUCAUUUAUUUUGUAUUAGUCGGCCAAUAUUAUCCUCCUAGAACUGUUCAUCUCCCUCUAUCUCUCUCUCUUUCUCUCUCAUUUUCUCUGAAAUUCAGGAGAGAUCAUCUAUUUGAGCGCCAAAGAACCAAAAGACCAUCAGUGAUAAACGUAAGAUUUCAAGAUGGAUGACCAAAAGUGAUGAGAAAUCAUUUGAUAAACUCAAUUAAACUUUAAUCUUCAAAUUUUAUGGAUUAGCUUGUCUUGUUUUUUGAUAAACAAAAUUGUCAAAGUAUAAAAACACAAACUAAAAAGAUGAAAAGGUUUUUACAAAACAAAAAGGACUUUUGGAUUUUCAAAUGUAUCAUCAUCAUCUUCAUCGUCAUCAUCAUCAAGUCUACAGUUUGUGAUGGUGGUUCCUAAAAAUGUCACCAAAAAAAAGAAAUGAAAAGAAAAUUAAAUUCAUAUAAUUGUCAACCAACAAAUAACCACAACAACAACAAACAAACAAAACAUUAAUUCAUUUACUUCAAUAAACUUUAUUUUUGUUAAAA